CCGGGCCGCACAUGACCAGUGGGUACGAAAUCGGAGCAACAUGAUCUUUCUCAUCGGUCAAUGGCAUUUGCAAGCCUGAGUAAAAGUCACCUUUCUCAUCCUAACCGCUCAAGAUCGCGUGUCCUAAUUCAGAAGUUGCCAUGCACUCACUACAGAUUUCCUCCGCUCAUGACGUCGGCCAGCUAUGUAGGCUUUCAAUUUUAACGUGUCAAAUUCUUGCACUGACGCUGUGUAGAUCAUGAGCAAGCUGUUACUUUGGGCUAUCGGUUUGAUUGGGCUUCACUGUAGAGCAUCCUGGGGGAAGGAAGACAGCCAUGGAGGCAGAGGACGAGAAAACGAUGGUACCAUCUCCUUUGCAUUCAAAAAUCCCGCGAACACGACUGUAUGUGGCAAGACCACCUUUGAAUGGAGCACUUCGAUAGACAUGGGAUCCAUGUCAUUGUUGGUUGCGAGCAGAGGCCACAGCUCGAGGUUGGUUGCCACCAUACCUAUGUCCGUCCACUCCUUCUCCUGGGAUCUCGUCACGGUCCCAGAAGGGUGGUACAUCUUGCAGGCAUCCGUGCCGGCGCCUACUGCCACAACCGCUGUGUUCAACUCGUCUGCGUUUUUUGUAGACGAUGGUUCCGAUUCGUCAUGUAUUACAGAUUCAACUAGUCUGGUCGAAAUUAUUGCGCCAGUUGUAGGGGCCGCUGCGGGAGUCGCGUUUGCAUUCAUCAUCGUAUCGACUGCGUAUUUCCAUCCCCGUUGGUGGCAUCGCUCCCUUCCCUCUCGUCGGACGUCGGUCUUACGUGCUUCACUGAAGUGGACAUCGGCCAGAAUUUGAAACGAUCAUUAUUCCGUAUAUAUACCGUUAUCACCAUGCCUCCGAGGAAUCCGCACAUCGAAGAGACAGAAUACACAAUAGCUGCACGGAAAGGGUCUGAAUGAUGCACUCGUUCACGAACUUGUAUUGACGUUAGAGGUGUCAUGUCAGGCCCGCGUCCUUGACGAAAUUCUUGCA